CCUUUGGAUCCAAAACGAUAAAAUUGGUGUGUUGCAGCUACAGAAUCCAUCAUCAAGCUGCUUGAUUCUGGCCUCUGCACGUGCCCGUCUAGCCAGAUCACAUCGAGCUAGCCCUUGCAUCGUGUUGCAACGGUCGACUGUCGACACACUCCUACAAGGCUACAACUCGCCGGAAAGUACACGGCGGACAGCGGGGAGAUGGCUGCUGACAUCGGCGGCGACGAUCCUUUCCGCCUCCUCCCCGACGACCUCCUCCGCCACGUGCUAUCCUUUCUCCCCAACGACGACGCCCUGCAGACCUGCGUGCUCGACACCCGGUGGCGCGACCUCUGGAGGCGCGCGACCAGCCUGGACUUCACCUUCUACGACGGCAGGUCAGACAUCGAGAAGUCCAGGCGUUUCAAGCAGAUUGUGAAGCUGAUAAUCUGCCUCCGCGGAAACUCGCCCCUCGUGAAGUGCGAGAUGGGCUCCUUCGGUCACGAGGAAGACGCCGAGCCGUUGUUGGCCGAGUACGCCCUAACGUGCCAGGUCGAGGAGCUCAUAGUCAUAUCAAGCAAUUACCCGAAUCCAACACGCUACGAUGCCCCGUUCAUCUCCCGGCACCUGAAGAUCCUAGAGUUUUGCAAUGUUUACCUCCAGGGCUGCUCGCUGGAUUUCUCGAGCUGUCCGGUGUUGGAGGAUCUGGCGCUGGAGCACUGCUGCAUUCAUGCACCCAGCAUAGUGUCCAAAUCGUUAAAACGUCUGUGGAUCACCGGUGUCUGUACUUUCCCUCUCCAGUUCCGCAUCAGCAUUGUUGCCCCAGAUCUUAUCUCGCUGCAGCUUGAUCGUUUCAGUGGCCUGACCCCUUCCCUUGGGCACAUGCCAUUUCUAGUGUCGGCCUAUGUUGGGCUUCUCUAUGGAUGCCAAGAUUUCUGUACAAGGAAGGAGCAGAGCUGUCGCGAUCAUGAAUGUGGUUGUCAUGCUUAUCCUGCGGACCAGGGCCUGCUACUAAAUAGAUUGACCAAUGUUGCUAGUUUGGAAUUGAUAGCUAUGCAUAAAAUGUUUAUCUAUAGGUGGGACUUAGAACGAGGCCCCAUAUUUGGGAAAUUGAAGACCCUGCUACUCAAUGAUUGGUUUACGCCCAUUGACCUGGUUUGCAUCCUACGGCACUCUCCAAUUCUUGAGGUGCUUACUCUUCUGCUUGAUAAGACUAAGAACCACUUAAGAGCAACGGGAUCUCAAAAAUCAAUAGAACAACCAUUUGUGUGUGCACACCUUAAGGUUGUCAACAUUCAAUGUAUAAAGGUUGAUGAGGCAGUUCGCAAAAUUUUGAAGAUCUUAAAUACAUGUGGCGUAUUUCGUGACCGAAUUAGCAUAAAGGACACAUGUUUUGACUCACUCAGUUUCAGUUUCCAAAAGCAUCCGCACUACACCAACUGCCGCUCCGGUUGUUCCAGCUGCCACCCCAUUGGCGUCUCUUGAGAUAUAUGCUUGUCCGUGAUGUUGUUCUAAAGCCUUUCGUGUUUCUCUGAACAAGUUUAGAACAGUGGUCCUAUGUCAGAGUUUAUCAUUGUGUUAACUCAUUGCUUUUUU